AUGGCCCGCUCCGCGCUCUACGCGCUCCUCCUCACGGCCUGCGCGGCCCUCCGGCUCGCGCCGGCGGCCCCGCGGCUCCACGCCGGCCGGCGGCGCGCCUUCGCGCUCGCGCCGCGCACGCUCUUCGGCGGCGCGCCGCCGGAGGAGGAGUCGAAGCCCGCGGCGCCCGCGGGCGGCGGGUCGGGCAUGAGCGUGCCCGGCAUGGGCGAGAUCUCCGAGGAGGAGAUGAAGCUCGCCAUGGAGUUCCGCGAGAAGAUGUCCGCGAAGAUGAAGGCGGUCGUCGUCGAGGGCACGGGCCUCGGCGGCAAGGUCAAGGUCACCUACGACGGCCAGGGCCAGCCCGUGUCCGUCGAGGUGCAGCCCGACGCGCUCAAGGAGGGCGAAGAAGCCGUCUCCGCCGCCGUCACCGACGCCGCGAAGAAGGCGCAGACGGAGGCGCUCGGCAAGAUGAAGGGCAUCAUGAUGGAGAUGCAGAAGGACAUCGCCAAGACCCUCGGCGACGGCAAGUAA